GGCUGGUGUCCACCAACAUGGCGAAGACCUACGACUACCUGUUCAAGCUGCUGCUGAUCGGCGACUCGGGCGUGGGCAAGACCUGUGCCCUGUUCCGCUUCUCCGAGGACGCCUUCAACGCCACCUUCAUCUCCACCAUCGGUAUCGACUUUAAAAUUAGAACGAUAGAGCUCGAUGGCAAGAGAAUCAAGCUGCAGAUCUGGGACACGGCCGGGCAGGAGCGAUUCCGGACCAUCACAACCGCCUACUACAGGGGAGCCAUGGGCAUUAUGUUAGUGUAUGACAUCACCAAUGAAAAGUCUUUUGAAAACAUUCGGAACUGGGUGAGGAAUAUUGAAGAGCAUGCCUCUCCAGAUGUUGAAAAAAUGAUCCUAGGGAACAAGUGUGAUGCAAAUGACAAAAGACAAGUCUCUAGAGAGCAAGGGGAGAAGCUUGCAGCAAGUUUUGGGAUUAAAUUCAUGGAGACCAGUGCAAAAGCAAAUAUAAACAUAGAGAAUGCAUUUUUCACUCUUGCGAGAGAUAUCAAAGCAAAAAUGGACAAAAAGUUGGAAGGCAAUAGCCCUCAAGGCAGCAACCAGGGAGUCAAAAUCACACAAGACCAGCAAAAGAAAAGCAGCUUUUUCCGAUGUGUUCUUCUGUGAGGGACAUGGCCUUAAUCUGAGCUGGACUGUGCCUGUGCUAAGUGAGGUUUCCUCUUUCUGUGGACUUAGUGCUCCCAACAUACCUUGUCACUUUGUGACCAUCUCAAUAAGAAAUGGUUUAUUUUGGUAACUGUCUGACUCUUCAGUUUUGGAGAUGAAACAAGUUUAUUUUUGUCAGAUUGCCACUGGGCAUGUGUAUUGUCUAGCAGAGGAAGAACGGAUCACGUGAGCUGGGAUGCAGCACCAUUGCUGACAGACUUCAAUCUUCAUUCGCAUCUGUCACGUAUCCAGUUUAGAAAGAUGAAGUUAUGAUCAAAAUAAGAAGCUUAGAUGCCACUGUAAUGAAGUACAGGUGUGCAUACAUGGUACACGUGCAUAUCCAUUUGUAGCUGCACACAGAACAGUGGCAUGAGACCAUCCCAGAAAUGCACCAAGAUGAGCAGUGCAGGCUGAUGCCGUCCCAGGAGGUACGAGGGAGCUUUCUGCAGCUCCGCCUCUUUACUACUGCAGAGAAACUCCUUGAUCUGCCUGUCUCUUACUCAGUUGUGUUACUCUAGACAAUCCACAAGUACAAUUGAAGUUUUAAAAAAAUUCUCCUCAAAGGAAUCUCUAUAUUUUUUAAAAAAGAAUAUGUGCUGUAAAUAGAAUGGGUCCUUACCAUUGGUAAUUCAUCCAUGUUAGACUUGACUGUGCUUAAUUAAGUACUCCAGACAUUCAGAUGUGUUUAACAGGAACUGACAGCUACACUGAGUCCUGUACAGAUGAUCUGUCAUCUGUUCUUGGAGAACCACGGUCAGGCAGGGACACUUACACAAAAUCUGUCACCUUACAAUGGGUGACUCUACCACUCUCCUACUGGGAAAGACUCCAGACCUAUCAAGAUACAGUAGGUAGUAUUAAAUCAUGACAAGGAAAUGCACUGCACUGCUCCCAGUCGUGUGUUCUUAAGCACACUUGCUGACAUAUGCAAAGAAAUGUUGCACACCAGAACACUUUGUGAAGGGGCUCUCAGACUGAGACUGGCCUUGCUGCUGGGUGACACCGCAGCCGUUGGGCAGCAACAACCUGUUCUCAGAGGAACCAUCUGUGUUACUCGUUCCCACAAACCCAGUCCAGUACAUUCCAAUGUGUGAAAUGCCACAGCAAGUACAGCUCCUCAGUGGGUGGUUGCUCACAGGUGAGGGGCUGUGAGCCUGGCUCUGGGUUAGACUGAUAAAAGGAGCCAGUGAGAGCAUCAGCUGCCAAGGCUGCUGUCAGGGGAUUGCAGUGGUGCUGUACCUGACUCCAGUGAACGCGCCAGCUGUGUCCUGCAGCUUGCUGCAACUGAAACAUGCUCUGAUUACAUUGAUAGCUGCAAUUAAGGGUAAAAUUGAAGUGGAUUUUGAAGUUGUGGAAUUUACUCACCAGUUUUGUUUUCAGGUUUGUGGUAUUGAACUCUGGGCCUCAGAGUAGCACUAAAAAGUGUUGCUAUAGUUAAAUAUCUGUUGGAUUCACAAUUAAACUGUAUAAAUCUGCAGCAUGCAGUUGGGCCCAACAGGAAUACUGCCUGUUCUAAAAUGGAAGAAAAUUUCACUGUGUAACUUACUGGUUUAUAAAAAUGCAUUUUAGAUGCAUUUAGAUGAUCUCUGACCUGAUUAAAGCUUUCCUCUAACCAGAA